AUGGAUUCCGAGAUCGCCGUCGACUUCUCUCCGGUGUUCAAAAUCUACAAGAGUGGCCGCAUCGAACGCCUCAUGGGCGAAGCCAAAGUCCCACCGUCCUCAACCCCUCAAAACGGCGUCGUUUCCAAGGACGUCGUUUAUUCUCCCGACGACAACCUCUCCGUCCGCAUUUUCCUCCCGGAGAAAGCCGCCGAGACCGGUGACAACAAACUCCCUCUCCUCGUCUACUUUCACGGCGGAGGAUUCGUCAUCGAAACCGCUUUCUCCCCGACUUACCACAGUUUCCUCACGGCGGCUGUCUCUGCUUCCGACUGCGUAGCGGUCUCUGUGGAUUACCGGCGUGCACCGGAGCAUCCGAUCCCGGCCUCGUACGAUGACUCUUGGACGGCUCUCAAAUGGGUGUUCACCCACAUCGCCGGAUCUGGCUCGGAGGAUUGGCUUAACAAACACGCCGAUUUCAGCAAAGUUUACCUCGCCGGAGACAGCGCCGGCGCGAACAUAGCUCACCACAUGGCGAUGAGAGCUGCGAAGGAGAAACUCAGCUCCGGUCUAGACGAGUCUUCAUCAGGGAUCUCGGGGAUGAUCUUGGUCCAUCCAUAUUUCUGGUCGAAAACACCACUCGACGAGAAGGAGACCAAGGAUGUUCUGUUGAGGUCGAAGAUCGAGGCGUUUUGGAAGAUGGCGAGUCCCAACAACAAAGACGGACCGGAUGAUCCGUGGCUCAACGUGGUGCAAUCAGAGUCGUCGGAUGUGUCUGGAUUGGGUUGCGGCAAGGUUCUGGUCAUGGUGGCUGAGAAAGACGCGCUUUGCAGGCAAGGUUGGGGUUACGCGGCGAAGCUGGAGAAGAGCGGUUGGAAAGGAGAAGUAGAGCUGGUAGAGAGUGAAGGAGAAGAUCAUGUUUUUCAUUUGAUGAAACCUGAUUGUGAUAAGGCUCUUGAAGCCAUGCAUAAAUUCUCAGGGUUUAUUAAGGGAGACUAA